AAUACAAUAAGUUUAAGAUAAUACAUAGCCUGCAUGCAUGCAGUCUCAUCCUAUACAAAAAAUGAGACUGCACGCAGGCUAGUUAAUACAAUAAUUUAGUCAAUCAAUAUUAAAGUUUCAUCGGCGUUUAGAGAAAUGCCUGUUUUCAAAAGUUCACUCAAACUCAUUGAGUAUUUCUAUUCGACUUUGAGCUGGAUUUUAUAUGUCUUACCUUAAUGUUGCCAUUUAUUGACGUACACUGAACUCUCUCCUUGAUCAGCAGGAACGCAGUUUAAUUCCUUUGUCACACUUUGUAUAAGAAUUCUCCUUGAUUACCAAGGCAAAUCACAGGUAUUUUAUGCUAAUACUAAAUAUAUGUAGUUGAAUGUUAAAUUACUUGCAUUUUUUCUCAUGGCUGCCGUUUAUUUGGUCUAGGAGGGCGGGAGCAUUAGUUUUUUUAAAUGUGUGAAUGUGCCACGUCGAGCGGGGAAUUACAAUAGUUAGGCAUAUUUGUUGGUGCCUAAAGGUAAAUAUUUCUUUCAAACAGAACUCCGAGAAAGACAUUGUAUUUAUCUAUGCAGCAGUUACUCGUGUUACAUUUUGUAAAUUUUCCGUGUUUUGUUUUUAGAGUGUUUUAAAGAGUAAAGGCAGGUGAUUUUAUACCAGACGACCAUGUUUAGAUUUCGAAAGAAAAUUUUUAAAGGUCUCAUUCUGUGGAUCAUAUUUUUGUUGCUUUAUUUUCGCUGGAACAGUCCAACUAUAGACGAAAAUAAAAAUGUUACCCCACCUCACUUUGAACACUACGUUAGAAUCCUGCCCACAACACACGCCGUGACCUACAAGAGUACCCUUCCUACAUCGUCUUUGAGAACCACAUUGGCAACAACGAGAAAGUCCGUCGUCCAGUACCUGAAGGUUGGUUAUUUUGAUGUGAAAGGCAAUGACGUCGCUUGUGACAAGGACGUCAAAUGUGCCGAAUUCCGCGUACGAAGUCCGCAACAGGCGAUGACAUUGUGUAAUUUCUACGGAGCGGAGUUAUGCAAAGGGUUCGUUUUCUUACCCAAAACCGGCCGUCUCUUUCUUAAAACGAGCGUGAACGCCAAAGCAGUCCACAAACCAUCCUUCGAAUUCUACGUCAGAGCGGAGUUUCGCGGAAACGUCGACCUAUUUGAGGAAAAGCAGUGUGCCAUUCCUGUCGAUGGUUACAAAGAUUCGUCUCAGUUCAAUUGCAAUUUACCCGUUCUCGAUCCAUUUCAUGCGAAUAUCAUGAAGUUUUUUGAUAAAAACAAGACUGUGAUUGUUUGCCAGGGAGUACAUUAUACUACUUACCGUGAUGGCGUGUUGUCUCUCCUGCGAACAGAUUUUAAAACCAUGCGUGUCAAAGAGAUUAAAAGAAUACCUCACAAGGACUGGGGUGUCGACUUCGCACCAUUACACCUCAAUAUAUUGCAGGAAAAUUUAACCAAAAUCAACAAAGAAUUUCUCCAGAUUGAGACCACAAGCAAAUCUGGUAGAAAGGUUAUCGAAUAUCAUGCACAAGCCGUACCUAAAACAGAAGUUUUAAAACGAAAGGGGAAUGGAAAAGGCUUGAAUGUGAACGUUUUGUUGCUUGGGUUUGACUCGACAUCUUCAGCACAAAUGCAGAGAGCUUUGCCUAACGUGUAUAAAUUUCUCAAAGAUGACUUACACUCGUUCAUGUUUAGUGGGUACUCGAUUGUCGGAGAUGGUACAACUCCACAGUUGACGGCAAUGUUGACAGGUCAAACAGAAGCGGAGCUUCCCGAAGCCAGACGUGGGUUUCCGAAUUCAACGACGGUCGAUUCGUGGCCUUGGAUUUUCCAAGAUUUUCGUAACCAUGGUUACGCCACGCUGUACAGCGAAGACGACCCAAUUAACAACGCUUUCAACUUUCGUCUGUUCGGAUUUCGCGAACCACCCGCUGACCACUACGCGCGCCCGUUUUGGCAGGCCGCCCGAACGGCGUCGAACUGCAUCAAAUCGACACCCCAACCGCAGAUCCACCUCGACUACAUCGAAAGCUUUCUGAAGGCCUACGAAAAUAUCCCCAAAUUGGGGUUCGCGUUCUUGUCCGAGAUCUCCCAUAACAAGAUGAACACCCUCAGGAUGGCUGAGGAAUUUGUGCUGAAUUUUUUCAAAUCUAUUCAGGAGAAAGGUUACCUGAAUGACACGAUUCUCAUAACCUUUAGCGACCAUGGUAUGAGAUUUGGAGCUGCUCGAGCUACAAUGCAGAGUCGUUUGGAAGAGAGACUCCCAUUUCUUUCCAUUACCCUUCCUAAAAGAAUUCGCCAAGAAUUUCCACGGUUGGAGAAAGUCUUAAGAGAAAAUACACAGAAAUUGCUUUCUCCGUUCGACAUACACGCGACCCUACACCAUAUCUUGAGCUACCCUAAGCCUACGAACCGCUCGGAGAAAGUUGGUCUCAGCCUUUUCCAGGAAAUUCCCAAAGAUAGAAGUUGCACUUCCUGUGGAAUUCCCGAACACUACUGCCCAUGCGCACAACUGCAGGAAGUACCUACCGCGCAUAUUCAUGUUCAGAAAGCCGCUGAAGGAUUGGUGGCUCAUAUUAAUGCGAUUCUAAAACGCGAUGAGCUCGCUUCAAGCAUGUGUUCCACUUUGAAACUUAGCGAGAUUCGAUCAGCUUAUCAGAACUUGAACCAUCCAAAGUUGGUGAGGUUUAUAGGAUCGAAAGAUAUUCAUGGCCGCAUCCCCCGGUUCGGUAAGAACCCGGCUAAUUACGAGUGUAAUUAUCAGUUGCUGGUGAGAACCAUCCCGGGGGGCGGACUAUUCGAAGCGACCGUUCAAUUGCUGGACGGGAAAUUUCAAUAUGGGAAAGAAAUUAGUCGUAUCAAUGAGUACGGUGAUCAGCCUCGCUGCAUUGCAGAAAAGCGACCGUAUCUUAGGAAAUUUUGUUAUUGUCACUGAUUUAAAAGCGAAAGGUGAUUUUGGUCCUAGUUGGGUGAAGACCCAACCGUUGUCCUUUUGUUUUGACAUGGAGAUUUGUACAAUCAACUAUAGGCAAUUCGAUAAAAUGUUUUCAUUGAAAUAAUUGUAAAUCUUCGCCCUUUGAAAAAUAGGCCGUGACACAAUCUUCUCUCUGUUUGUUUCAGUGGUGCCGAUGCAUGGGGCUUAAUUUAUAUUUUUGUACCGCUAAACUGAUUUUCAA